AUGUUUUCCACAGCAGUCCUCAUUUCAGCUGCUUUGAUUUCCACUGCCCUGGCAGGACCAUGGGCUAACAUAUGUGCCAGCAAAUCUGCCAAUGAGAUCCGGACAUGCGACAGUUACGGCUGUGGACAGUAUUCUGCUCAAAGAAGUCCCAGGCAUCACCCAGGUGUGGAUGUCCUCUGCUCAGAUGGAUCUGUUGUGUAUGCACCAUUCACUGGGACAAUAGUGGGCCAGGAGAAACCCUACAGAAGCAAAAACGCCAUCAAUAACGGCCUGCGACUGUCUGGAAGAGGUUUCUGUGUCAAAAUUUUCUACAUUAAGCCAAUUAAGUAUAAAGGUUCUAUCAAAAAGGGCGAGAAACUGGGCACCCUGCUGCCCUUGCAAAAAGUUUACCCUGGCAUACAGUCGCAUGUACACAUUGAAAACUGUGACUCCAGUGAUCCCACUGCAUACCUGUAGGUGAAGAUAAAGAGCAGCCACAUCCUGUUCAGAAUGGAAGGGGAAAGAUCCGCUCCCGAAGAACUGUGUAUUCUAACAGAAACACAAUCGAUGCAGAACCCACAUUCUGAUGCCCACUCAUUGUCACUCUGAUCUUUCUGCCAUCUAGAGGGUCAGGGUGUUGUUUUUUUUUAGAUGUUUAAGUCCUGAUGACUGAAAUAAACAAAUGAAUUCCAACAUAUCCAGACUGUAUUUCUGAGACCUCUGAACUAGCCAUUUCUCUGCCUGAAAGUGACAAAGAGCUCAAAGGUCCUUCUAUGACAGAAGAAUGACAGAAAUGAAGAGCUGCUGUCAAGGCUUGGCAUGUGACUAUAAUAAAUGCCAGCUGACAGAACGGAGGCUUCUUUUACAAGGAGGUGAUGAAUUCUCAGCAACACCCUUACCUUUGUCAGGCCAGAUGGAGGGACAGCUAUUCACAGGGUUAAGGUUUGCUGGUCUUUCUAGCCGCACUCUUUCAUGCUUCACGAGAGUAACGGGUCUCCUAGGAGGUGAAUGGUGGCAUCCUCUAGAAAAAGGCAUAUUCUAGAUCUCAGUGCGGCUGCAUGCAUACAGGAAGGAUGAGGGUGAGAAAGAGAACUACUCUUAACUGAAGUGCUUAGGAACUAGGUCAGGCAGCCUCAUCCAGCAAUGCCAUACAUCAUUCUAUAUACAAUUACCCAACUUAUUACACGUCAUUCUUUCUUAAUGCUGCUGACAAGAAGUACUAGGAGAAAACAGACUCCUCAUUUAUAGGUAUGGUAAAGGAAAAGACAAUUACUUGACUUUUAUUACUGGGGAAAUGACUCCAUUUGUAUUCCUAUGCAUAAUAAUGUUCAUGACAACACUACUUGUCAUAGUAAAACCAGAAACAAUCCAAAUGCCCAUUAACACUGACAGAUUUUAAAGACCAGGUCAUAAUUACAGAGACAAAUAUUAUACAGAAGUCAUAAUAAAUGAAGCUCAGUUGAAUAUAAUAAUAUACACAAAUGAUAGAAAUAAACAGUAUUUAAGAAAGGUGAAGCCGGGCGGUGGUGGCGCACGCCUUUAAUCCCAGCACUCGGGAGGCAGAGCCAGGUGGAUCUCUGUGAGUUCGAGGCCAGCCUGGGCUACCAAGUGAGUCCCAGGAAAGGCGCAAAGCUACACAGAGAAACCCUGUCUCGAAAAACCAAAAAAAAAAAAAAAAAAAAA